AUGAAUUAGUAAAAGCCAUUUGCUUUGACUUAUUUUUGUUUAGUAAAUAUAAAUUAAAUUAAACAAUCUGUUAAGCACACAAUAAAUUCUGGAAAAUCUAUUAGAUUAAGAGAUUUGAUAUUUUGGAUUUUAAAUAUUAAUUUUACAUAUUUUAUUAGUAAUCCAACUUUAUUAGUAUUCAUUUAGGGUAAUUAUAGGUUUUAUUCCUAAAACUGUUGGAAAAAGUGUAAUUGUUAGAAGUAAAUGGAAUUAAACAUAAUUAUUUUGAUUUUAAUAGAAUUUGGUUCCAUCUAACUUAAAACAGUCAAUAUCAAAUUCUCAUCUAUUAAUUUUUAGAUUAUAUUAGUUGUAAAUAAAUUAAUAGAGAUUAUUCAAUUUAUUUUACUGGAUAUGACUGACCCUUUUAUGAAAAAAUAAAUGAUUCAGACAUCACAGAAGCAUCAGAGUAAAUUAAAGAAAUUAUAAAAUUUAUUAUCACUUUAUGUUUUGAUCAAAUUAUUUUCUACGAACUAACAAGAAUACAAGAAAUUCCUAUUAUUAAGAGUUAUUGUAGCCAAUAGUAAAUUUAUGCUAACCAAAUUAAACUACCCAUAAAUAAUAUAAAUUAUUCAAAAAAAUCUAUGCGCAUUUCAUUAUUAAGAAAAUAUUAAUAAUUAUUGCUUCUUAUGUUUAAAUAUAGAUGAUAAUAUAAAUGAUUAUCGUUAAUCUCCAAGAUAUAAAAUAAUUCCUAAAAUUAACAAAGAUUUAGAAAAAUUAUUGAAUUUGGAAAUGCAUUUGAUAAGUUGUAAUUAAAUCUAUAUUGUAAUAUUAUAUUCCAAUAUUUGGUUAAUUCCAAAUUUAGUUAAAGAAAAAAUAAAAAUUCCUUCAAAUAUUAAGUAGUUGAUGAUCCAACUUAUUUAGGAACAUUUUUAAGCUUUUAUAUUAUAUUUUCAGAAAUCAAUAGUUCAUAUGAUAUUAUUAUCCUUAUCUUAGAAUUUAUCCAUAUCACACUGCUUAUUAUUUAAUUUCUUAUAAUAUUUAUAUAAAUAAAACAAUUCAAAAAUAAUAUUUGUAAAUUGA